UCGUAUAUUAUUUAAUUUUAUUAUUAUUUGGUGUCUUAUUCCCAAAGAAAAGAACCACGGAAUCUAUAUUUUUCUUACUUUCUCAAAUACAAAUUAGGGUUUUGAAUUUGCAUCUCUAAGGGUUACACUAUAGCAUAAGAUUUUUCAGAUCCAACGAAAAGAUGUCGAUUUUCGAGUACAAUGGAAGUGCCCUAGUAGCUAUGGUAGGUAAGAACUGCUUCGCCAUUGCCAGCGAUCGAAGACUCGGUGUUCAGCUUCAAACCAUCGCCACCGAUUUCCAAAGGAUUUCCAAAAUUCACGAUAAGCUCUUCAUCGGUCUUUCUGGCCUCGCCACCGAUUCUCAGACACUGUAUCAGCGUCUCGUUUUUCGUCACAAACUGUAUCAGCUUCGUGAAGAGCGUGAUAUGAAGCCGGAGACGUUUGCUAGCUUAGUGUCGGCUAUUCUUUACGAGAAACGGUUUGGUCCAUACUUUUGCCAGCCUGUAAUUGCUGGACUAGGGGAUGAUGACAAACCCUUCAUUUGCACAAUGGAUGCAAUUGGAGCAAAGGAGCUUGCAAAAGAUUUUGUUGUUGCUGGGACUGCAUCUGAGUCUCUAUAUGGUGCUUGUGAAUCGAUGUUUAAGCCUGACAUGGAAGCCGAGGAAUUGUUUGAAACUAUCUCCCAGGCACUGCUAUCAUCUGUAGACCGUGACUGUCUUAGUGGCUGGGGUGGACAUGUCUAUGUUGUCACGCCAACUGAAGUAAAAGAAAGGAUUUUGAAGGGAAGAAUGGAUUAACUUUUAAGCCAUCUACUCAACUACUCCAGUUCACUUUGUUUUCUGUUUAAUUCGCAGCUGAAUGGCAGAACAUGUACACCAUCAGUUAAUGGGUACCUUGUUAUUGUGCACUUCAAUUAAACGAACCCAGAAAAUUAUUUAUAAACUGCUGUUCUAUAUAGAUUUUUUAAGAUUGUCUGUGAAA